UAACAAAUGUAUUAUGAGAACAUAAUACAAGCAAUAACCUUAAGAUGCGUUUUAAUCAAGUUGGUCCUUUACCUCACAAUGAUUGACAACUGAGUCCUUAUUGUGGUGAGAAGGUUAAUUUAGACAUGGGCAGUGUAUUGUAUUUAGUCUAAAGCUUUUCAGGUCAAUGUUUUAACUAUAAUUGUUCUAGUCAAACAUCAAGUGAUUUUAAAAAAUAUUAAAAUAUUAAGAAUGAAUUAUACCAACAGACUGAUUUGGUUCCUACAGAUUUCAGAUUUACAUCUAAGCAUUUUUCAUGACUGGCAAAGAGUAACCGAACUUAAAGAAUUUUGUGAUUUAACUUUAGAUACCAUUAAACCAGCAGCUGUAUUAGCUAGUGGAGAUUUAACUGAUGCUAAAAAAAGAGAUGGCAUUGGUUCAACACAAUAUGAAGGAGAAUGGUUAGCAUACCAUGAUGUAUUAACAUCCGGAAAGGUAUCUGAAAAAACCAAAUGGUUAGAUGUUCGUGGAAAUCAUGAUAGUUUUGAUGUAAAUAAUUUAGAUUCUCCAAACAAUUUUUAUCGAAAAUAUUCUGAACAAGGCAAAUCAUAUCCGCGAUCAUAUAAAUAUAAAGUUACAAAUCAUGCUGGAAUGAGUCUUAAUUUUAUUGCUGUUGAUGCUUGCUUGGAUCCAGGACCAAAAAGACCAUUUAAUUUUAUUGGAAAUCUAGAUGAAGAUGAAAUAAAUUCAUUGAAUUUGUUAGCAAAUAAUACUAAUGGUCCUAUUAUAUGGUUUGGACACUACCCCACUUCAUGCAUAUAUACAACAGGAAGUAAAUCGAUUAGAUCAAUUAUUGGAGAAAAUCAUAUGUCUGUUGCUUACUUAUGUGGUCAUUUACAUACAUUAGGUGGUUUAGUGCCACAAAUGUAUACAAUACAAAACGAAGGAUUUGUAGAGUUAGAACUAGCUGACUGGAAAGAUGAAAGAAUGUUUAGAUUAUUAGCAUUUGAUCAAGGCUCAUUUACAUUUAUUGAUGUACGACAUGGUCAAUGGCCUAUUAUACUAGUCACUAAUCCAAAAAUACCAUGGCUUACAAUACGAGAUAUGGAAACUGAAGAAGAUAAAAAAAAAAAUCUUAAAUUUAUAAGGUCAUUAGAAAUAAUAUUAGCCUUUUCUGUUGAUCCUAUCAAACAUGUUUUAGUUCAAAUUAAUAAAGAAUAUAAAUGGAAAAAUUGUAGUAAAGUUGAAGGAAGUCCUCUGUUUAUAACAGAAUGGGAUUCUAAUGACUAUUCAAGUGGGCUGCACGUAAUAAAUGUUAAAGUAGAAGAUAUUCAAGGGAGAAUACAUAUAGUUAGCCAACCUUUUUCAUUAGAUAAUUCUAAACCUACAUUUAAAAUGUUUUCACAAUGGCCAUUGAGUGUUUAUUUCCCUGACUUGUUAUUAUUGAUGUUUGUAAUUGCAUCUUUGGUUAACCUGUUGCCGCUUAUAAUUUAUCGAUUUGUUUGCAAAUGUACAAAAUAUAAAAUCAAUUAUAAUGCAAAAUUAUCGCUAAUCAGCAGAUAUUCAAGAAAAAUGAUUUUACUAUCAAACGUGAAUCGGUUAUUCUAUCCUUUAUUAUUAUUUUAUAUUUAUCUAUGUCUAGGUCCUUGGGCUGUUGGAGAACUUGUAACUGAUUCCAUCGGCUGGGUCUUUCCGUGGGGAAUCUAUGUCAAAGGAAAACUUAUAAAAGAUUCAUAUAUAUAUGUAUAUGGAUUUGGACAAAUUAUAACAUUUCAAUUUCCUCUUACUUGUAUUCUUAGUCAUCGACUUGAUAAAAGAAUGCAAACAUUGCCAAAUAUCCAAUACACAUUAGUUAAUUCACCAUAUAUUUAUAUAGACCUAUUAUUCUUUUUUUUGAUUAUAUGGCAAAUUGUAUGUUGUGUUUGGUUUUGGGGUGCAUAUGGUUGGAUAGCCACAAUAUUUGGUCCAUUAAAAACAUGGUCAAUUUUUAUUGCACUAUGGCUUUGGAAUGAAAUAAGAAAUAUAUCUAUUAGAGAGAUACGAUAUGCAACAGAAGCUCUGGAGAAAUUAAAUAAAAAUUAAAUACUCUACAGUUCUUCAUUAUUUCACAUUUAUCUAGGACAGAAAUACAGAAGUAAUGAUUAUUAUCUAGGUGUUAUAAUAAAAUUUUUUGUAAAGAUUAUAACUAUUUAUUUAUUAGCAAUUAUAUUUUGUAAUUUCACUUACAUCGUGGGCGUUCCCAGGAGGGGGGAGCAAGAUAUGGCACUCCCCCCAAGAAUUUUAAAUUUGUUGUUCAAAGCAUUAUCUGUAACGCAUCAAUUUAGUAAAAAUAGAUUACUUUAAUAUAACAUAUAUAUUAUAUAGAAGAAAACUAUAUUCAACAGUAA